CCAGGCGUGGAUGGAGCGCGGCGGGCCGAGGCGGAAGGCGCCGUCUUUUGCCCCUUGGCGCUUGGGCCGAGCUGUUUGUCGGGGUAGUAAAGCCCUCCGUUGCCUUGCGCGGGGUGUGUGUGUGUGUGUUGGUCCAACUCUGGCUCCGGCAGGCUGAGGCGCGGGACGGGGGAAAGGCGCCUGGCUACAAGCUACCUUUGCAGGGGACCUGUCGUGUUCCCUACCGAGGACGCAGCUGUGUGCUCGCCUCCUCCCUGGCGCCCCCCGAAGGGUAAAGGCACAAUGCUACAUCACCUGACAUUUCUCACUGGAAUGUUGCUUGUAUGCAGAGAGAUACUUGCAGUUCCCUGGUGUUCAGUAGAAGGAAGUAUUGCAUACUAUGACAUGUGCAACUUCACUCAAGUUCCUCCUGUGCCUGAAGACAUUGUUACACUUUCUCUAAACUUCAAUUCCAUCCAGAAAGUAAAUGCCAAGUCCUUCCCAUUACUGGAGGAAUUGCAGAACUUGUUACUGGGAACACAGUUGGUUUCUCCGGUAACCAUAGGAAAAGAGGCUUUUAGAAACUUGCCAAAACUUCAGCUACUGGACUUAGGUGGCAAUAAAGUUGUUCAUCUGGAUCCAGAUGCAUUUGUGGGCCUACUGAACUUGCAUACACUUAAACUGUAUUAUAAUGAACUUACAGAGUCUAUUCUGGAAGGAGAUUACUUUCGAGAUCUGGUCUCUUUGGAAUAUCUGGAUCUUGAUUUUAAUAAGAUCACUCGGCUUCAUCCUCACCCUUUAUUUUACAACAUGACAUACUUGAAGAUUCUGAACUUGAAGUUAAACCGUAUUGAAACCAUAUGUGAAGGAGAUCUUGAUAGCUUUCAAGGAAAGGAUUUCAAACUGUUAAAACUUAAUUCUAAUCACUUGUAUAGCAGAAAUUUAGUGGACUGGACAAGUUGUGGGAAUCCUUUCAAGAAUAUUAACAUUGAAACAUUGGACAUUGGUAAUAAUGGUUGGAAUAUAGCUAUAGCACAGCAGUUCUUUAAGGCUAUUCAGGGAGUACCAAUUCCAUUUUUGAAGCUGUCUUCUCACACCAUGGGAGCUUCAUUUGGCUUUAGAAACUCCAAGGAUCCUGACAGUAGUACAUUUAUUAGUCUUGCCACAAGUGGCCUUCGCUUACUCGAUAUUUCAAAUGGCUAUAUUUUUUCUCUUAAUUCAUAUGUAUUUCAGUAUCUUCACACUCUCGAGUUGCUUGAUCUUAACAACAAUAAAAUAAAUCAGAUUCAGGACGCAGCAUUUUUUGGGCUCAGGAGCCUGAAACAUCUAAAUCUGUCCCAUAAUCUACUAGGAGAACUCUUGGAUUACACUUUCAAAGGACUUGAUAAUGUAAUUGAUAUAGAUUUGAAACACAAUCAUAUUGGGACAAUUGAUCGGGCUCCAUUCAAAUACUUGCUAAAACUUCAGACACUGGACCUCCGUGAUAAUGCCCUAAAAGCAAUAGAUUUACUUCCUCCAAACCUCUUGUUUGUUCUACUAAGUAGCAACCGGCUGGGGUCUAAAAUAAAGGCUAUAAAUGCUACCUUCCUUGACCUGGGAGAAAACAGGUUGGAAGAUCUGGGUUACCUCUAUGUAAUUCUCCAAUUUCUGUUUCUGCAGUAUGCAAUUUUAAGAUAUAAUCGUUUAUCUUAUUGCUACAAAUAUAAUAAUAUACCUGAAAACAAUCAAUUAAUCUACUUGGAUCUGGGCAACAAUAUGUUAAGGCUUGUAUGGGAAAGCAAGUCCUGUUUGGAUGUAUUCAAGGCACUUUCCAAGCUUGAAGUCCUCCAUCUCAAUCAUAACUAUCUGAGUUUUCUUCCAGAGGGCAUCUUUAGUGGACUGGUAUCACUGAAGAGGCUUAACUUGGCUUCUAACAUGUUGACUUACAUCUCUCAUGGUGCCUUCCCUAAAACCUUGAGGAAACUUGAGUUAUCAUCAAACCAGCUGCUUUAUCCAGAUCCUGAGCUCUUUGCCACUCUUGACUAUUUGGACCUCACCUUUAACAGAUAUUACUGUGACUGCCCUUUAAGUAGUCUGAUUGUGUGGCUAAACCAAACCAAUGUCUCUAUAGCUGGAUCACAAAAUGAAAUGUUUUGUUUUGGACCCCCUUUUCUAGCUGGUGUGUCCCUUUAUGAACUCUCUGUAGGUAACUGUGAUGAAGAGAAUAUGUUAGAAGCUCUACAGUUCACACUCUUUAUCUUUACCUGUGUUACUGUGACAGUGUUCAUGGUGGUGGUGGUGGUGUAUACUCGCUUUAGAGGGACUUUUUUUGUGUGGUAUAAGACUAUAACAAGAGCAGUCUUGAAUGAUCCCCAGCCACAGCUGGAUGGAAAGAUGCAUAGAUAUGACGCCUACCUAUGCUAUAGCAGCACAGACUUUGAGUGGGUCCAGAAAUCUUUGAUAAAGCACCUUGAUAACCAGUACUCUGACAAAAACAGAUUUACUCUCUGUUUUGAAGACAGAGAUUUCCUACCAGGGGAAGAUCAUAUAGACAACAUUCGUGAUGCCAUUUGGAAUAGUAAAAAGACCAUUUGUGUUGUGACAAAGCAGUUUCUCAAAGAUGGCUGGUGUGUAGAAGCUUUUAAUUUUGCUCAGAGUAGAUAUUUUUCUGAUCUGAAGGAUGUCCUCAUUAUGGUGGUAGCUGGAUCGCUUUCUCAGUAUCAGCUACUAAAAUACCAGCCAAUUAGAGUCUUUAUGCAAAGAGGUUAUUACCUGAGAUGGCCUGAAGAUCACCAAGAUGUGGAAUGGUUUUUAAACACACUCUCACACCAAAUAUUGAAAGAAAAGACAGUUAAGAAAUCCAGGACCCUGGAACUGUGGACUAUAACUGGCUCUUAAUUGGAUAGUUGGUUAAUUUAGCUAUGCCAAUUACUCUUCUUCAAAGAAAGUGCUAGGUUCUUCCAACACAAUGGGUUGGAACCAGUGAUCUGAUCCGUUGGCAGAUGGCAGGUGGGCAUUUUUACCAUUCCCUCCCUAAUUCACAUCAGCCUGGAAUGAUGAUUUCUGGGGUUAUGGGAACUAUGUGGAUUAACAACCUCAUGAGUCGUGGGGCUGCAGUUAGAAGUGGGUGAAAUCACCCCAUCCUCCCUCUACCACAAGUGCAGCUCUAACAAAGCUAGGAGAAGGAAGGAAAUUUUUACCACUUCCCCUCUUUACUGCAGUCCCUGUGAUCUACAUGAAUCACACCACCCCAAGGAAUCAACUUUCCCAGGGCUGGAAGGGACUGCUGGCAGGAGAGGAACAUAGUGAAGUGCUGUGUUUCUUCUGCUUAGGACUCCAUUGGAUUCUACCCAUUGAGCACAAGUCUCUACAUAAGCAAGGCAAACCCUGAAUUGAAAUAGCUAUGUGAGCACUUCAGUGAUCUUUAGUUCUCCUUCUUCACUGCCAAGUGCAAGUCUAUAUGUCCAGCUCCUGCUUGAUGAAAGUGGUUUCAGUCAGCCUGAAGAAAUUUGGGUGGGGGAACCUUAGGAGUGUGCUUCAUAAUAGGGCUUCUGCCUUUUUAUGAGUCUGAUGAGUAUAAGCUCUUGUUUUAAAGAUUAAUGAUCACUGUAUUCUUAGUUAACAAGCAAUUCAAUUCCUUUCCAUAUACACUUGAAAAUAUGUUACAAAUGCUAUAACCUAUUUCUAGCCUUUGUCGUUUCAGAAAGUUUACUUAUCCCAUGUUUCAAUGUACCCUUUAUAGUGUUCAUCAUAGCUGGUGUCCUCUGCUCAUGGUCUUCUCAAUGUAAAUUUUAUUAUGUUUUAAAAAAAACCUUUCUAUAGUUGGCAUGGAUUUUUUAUUUACUGUGAGACUAUUAAAUACAACAGUUAUCUUCUAUGUCUAUUUUGGGCAACUGUGGUAACAGUUGUAUGUAAACUACCUCAAAGGCUUAGCUGGAUCAACAUCUUGGUAGGUUAAACUAAGUUUUGUACCUUCUACUGAUUUUUGUAUAUUGACUUGGGAUCGUACCUACAUUUCUGCUGGUGGAAGAGGGGGGUGGGGCCCCUCUCAAUCCCUGAAAAGGCUGAGGGAUGUUCAAAUGGCUGCUGGUUCAUUGGUCACAAGGAGGAAUUGAACAGUUUAGCUGUUUCUUGUGUUGCUUUUUUCAUAUUCAAGCAGUAUGAUGCAACUGGCAGUAUUCCAUGCAUUUGCCAAGGGGAGCACCAGUCCCCCUCUCCCUCCAAAGACCACUCAUUGCUGCUUAUUGUUUGGCAGCCAAUCAUUCAAAUAAACAG